UCGUGUUUUCUUUAUCAUCUGUGGUUCGAUAACCUCAAAAUGGAAUUUUAGUAGCCUCGGUAUUACUAAAUUACUUAAAAAGUAAUAAAAAUGAGUUUAUUUGUUAGGAAUUAUAAGCCUAAUAGCUUGGCUGCAGGGUAUAACACCAAAUUAUGGCGUUUGAAUUCGACAACAGCCGACAGUGCCCUGAAAAAAAAUGAUGAGGAUGAGGAAGAGUUUCGAGUUCUCGAUAUUUUGAAGAAAAAGGAUAGAACUCAAAGGAGAGUCAUCCGUAGGACUGACAUGCAGCCUGACAGAGCUGAUAGAAUGGCCCCGAACCAGAACUGGGGCAACGUUUGGCCGGGACCGAAGACUUUCCAUCCAUCUUCCGUGCCUCUUCCGCUGCGCCAAGGAUACGUACCUAAAGGACAGGCACCGCCCGGCAAGAAAGCUAAUGCCGAACUCAUGAAAAUACCAAACUUUUUACAUCUAACUCCUCCAGUCAUUAAAAGCCAGUGCGAGGCUAUUAAACAAUAUUGUACUGAAUGGCCGAGCUUACUAAACUCGGAAGAAGCUAUUGAGAAACAUUAUCCCGUAGAAAUCAUUACUUCAGACUACUGCCACGCCAGUCCGUCUAUCCGCAAUCCUUUGGCUCGAAUUGUUACGCUACGCAUUAAGUUAUCAAGUUUAAACUUAGACAAGCAUUCUAAGGACAAGUUCAUACGUUUAGUCGGAGACCGCUAUGAUAAAGAGACAGAUUUGGUCACGAUUACGGCAGACAGGUGUCCAGCGAGAGCACAGAACUUAGAUUAUGUGAAUUACCUAUUAACAGCAUGCUACCAUGAAGCGUGGAACGUUGAAGAGUGGGAGAAAGAUAAAACCGAGGAUGAUAUGGAAUAUUAUAAUUGGGAUAAUAACGCUUCUAAGAAAAGUCUUGUGAACUGGCAUUUACGUACCAAAAAUGAAUUGAGAACGCUAACCGAUGAGGAGUAUAAAAGUUUUGAUAUCUCAGUAAUUGAGGGCGGAGAAGAAUAUAAGAAUGCAGUCUCGAGUUUGAUGAAUGAUGGAGAAAGUGACGCUACUCUGAAGAAGUAUGGAGAAGCUGUAAGAAAGGUUUUAGGCUUGCCGGAGAAGAAGGUUAUGUAAGAUAUUUGUAAAAUAAACUGUAAUUAGUAGGUA